AUGAGCAGCGCCAAAGUAGUCAGGGUGUCUGUCUCGGACGUCCUUGAGCGGGGCUCGCUUGCCAACAUUCAUCUCGAAUGGGACCGCGGCUCGAGGGACGGUACGCAGCGUGCCACUUAUGGACCGUGCCAUGGUGGGAACCAUGCCGACACGGACACGCAGCUGGCUCGCUUUUCAGGAAGCCCAGACCGGCUGGCUUGGGCUGUCGCGGAGGAUGCGCAGCCCGGUGGCUGCAUCAAAAUCUUCGACGAUCAGAGCAGCCAGCUGCUUGGCUAUAGCGAGUCGCUCUUGAUACAAAGGCAGCCCUUGCGCAAACGUGCUCACGACCAGCUCGACCACCCGCUACUCAAGGAUUUUGACUCGCUCGGCGCCUGGUUCGAUGGCGUGGCGAAGAUACGACAACGCACGGCCAACGAGGGUGCCGUGGUGGCUAAAAGCAAAAAUGUGUCCAUUGCCAUCGUUGGCGCGGGUGUCUCGGGCCUGGCAACCGGACUGAUGCUCGACAGCGUUGGUGUGCACAAUUGGCGCAUCCUCGAGGCCAGUGGCCGUGUUGGCGGACGUUUUAGGACCAUCUUCGUUGGAGGAACGCAAGAGUGGGCAGAGAUGGGCCCCAUGCGACUGCCCUACAACGUCACGUACGACGACGGCGAGACACUGACGUACACGGACCACCGCAUGACUUUCCAAUUGGCCGAGACGCUCAACGAAAUGAAUGCAGGCGAUGAGUCUCUGAAGAUUGACUUCAUCGACUGGAUCCAGCACCACCCCAAUGAGCUCCUGGCUCGGGGCACGGGACGUCAUGCGGAUGGCCGCAUCCCGACCCGCGACGACAUUGCGAGAAACCCUUCGUUGGCUUCACCACCACCUAUGACAACUAAAGAGUACAACGAGACCAAGUCGCAGAUGAAUGACAUCUUGCUCAAAAAGGAGGUCCUCAAGAGCCUGCAGCGUGACGUCUGGCGGGCCCACAAGCUCGCCAUGGACCAGAACCUCGACGAUUGGUCCGAGCAGGCCUUUAUGCGCCACGUGCUCAAGGCCAGCGAGAACGUCACCGACGCCAUCUGGACGGCCUCGGACUACGAUGUGUUCUGGGACGAGCUGCAUCACAACUCCAAUCUCGGCUUGGCCGGUGGUCCCUCUGCUUUUGGAGAAACGAAAUGGAAGGCGGUUGAUCGAGGUUUCAGCCGGAUCGGAGAGGCGUUUGUGCCGCAUGUCAAGGAUAGGCUCACGCUCAAUCGCCAGGUUCGCAAGCUGGAGGACAUCAACAACAAGACCAGGCUGUCGUGGUACCCCAGCACAGACAAUCGGACAUACGAAUCGGAGGACUUCGACUACACAAUCAUGGCUGUGCCCUUCACCAUGACCCGGUUCAUGGAUCUGCCCGAUUUUUCAUCGGUCCUUUCGCGCGCCAUCAGCGAGGCCGGUCUUCGCUUCAAGUCGGCCUGCAAGGUUGCGCUACUCUUUAAAGAGCGCUUCUGGGAGCAUGGCGAGCGACCCAUCUUUGGCGGCUACUCCCAACCAUCGAGCAACGCAGUCGGAGCGCUCUAUUACCCUGUCUACAACCUCAAUGAGACGGGUCGACCUGGACUGAUCAUGCACUAUCGCGGAGGCGACUGGAGCGAUCGCUUCGUGAGCUUUUCCGACGAGGAACACGUCCAGACCGUCCUCGAUGCGAUUGUAGAGCUCCACGGGGAGCAGGCUCGAGAGAUGUACACGGGUCAUUACGAGCGCCUGUGCUGGCUCCAGGACGAACACACGGCCACGUCGUGGUGCCGACCGGAUGUGGAGCAGCACAAGCUCUACAUCCCGGCCUACCACGAGACUGAGCACAGGACCAUCUUCAUUGGUGAGCACACGGCGCCGACGCACGCGUGGGUCAGCUCAUCGCUGCACUCGAGCGUCCGAGGUAGCAUACAGCUCCUCCUUGAACUGGGUCUCGUCGACGAGGCAAAGGAGCUCAAUCGCAAGUGGAUGGGCCGCUGGAUUCGCCUGUAG